CGCGGGCUGGCCGGGCGUCCGCGCACGCGUGCGUGCUUGGAUUUAGCUCCCAGGCUGGCAGCCGGGCGUUCUUCGGCUCCCUGAGUCAGGGCUAGGGAUCCCGCGGCGGCGGCGGCACCAUGUUCCUCCACUCCGUCAAUCUCUGGAACCUGGCGUUUUAUGCCCUCAUGGUCUUCAUGGCGACCCUGGGGCUGUGGGACGUCUUCUUCGGAUUUGAGGAAAACAAAUGUAGUAUGAGCUACAUGUUUGAGUAUCCGGAGUAUCAGAAGAUAGAACUUCCAAAGAAACUGGCAAAACGCUAUCCUGCAUAUGAAUUAUAUCUUUAUGGAGAAGGAUCCUAUGCUGAAGAACACAAAGUUCUCCCUUUAACGGGUAUUCCUGUUCUCUUUCUUCCCGGUAAUGCUGGAAGUUAUAAGCAAGUUCGUUCUAUUGGCUCUAUUGCACUUAGAAAAGCUGAAGACAUUGACUUCAAGUACCACUUUGACUUCUUUAGUGUGAAUUUCAAUGAAGAACUGGUGGCACUAUAUGGUGGAAGUCUUCAGAAGCAGACCAAGUUUGUGCAUGAAUGCAUUAAAACAAUUCUCAAGCUCUAUAAGGGUCAAGAAUUUGCUCCAAAAAGUGUGGCGAUAAUUGGUCAUUCUAUGGGUGGCCUUGUUGCAAGAGCAUUGCUUACGUUGAAAAAUUUUAAGCAGGAUCUGAUCAAUCUUCUUAUUACACAAGCAACACCUCAUGUUGCUCCUGUGAUGCCAUUAGAUCGUUUCAUUACAGAUUUUUAUAUGACUGUAAACAACUAUUGGAUUCUGAAUGCUAGACACAUAAAUUUAACCACACUGUCUGUAGCUGGAGGAUUCCGGGAUUACCAAGUUCGUUCAGGACUGACUUUUCUACCAAAAUUAAGCCAUCAUACCAGUGCCUUAUCUGUUGUGAGUUCAGCAGUGCCUAAGACCUGGGUUUCAACAGACCACCUCUCCAUUGUAUGGUGUAAACAAUUACAAUUGACCACAAUUCGAGCAUUCUUUGAUCUUAUUGAUGCUGAUACUAAACAAAUAACUCAAAAUCCCAAGAAGAAGUUGUCAGUUUUGAAUCACCACUUCAUAAGACAUCCAGCAAAACACUUUGAGGAAAAUCCAUCAAUAAUUUCUGACUUAACAGGGACAUCUAUGUGGGUUCCAGUAAAAGUGUCCAAAUGGACCUAUGUGGCUUACAAUGAAUCUGAUAAGAUAUAUUUUACAUUUCCCCUUGCAAAUCAUAGAAAAAUCUACACUCAUGUCUAUUGUCAGAGCACCAUGCUGGAUACAAAUAGCUGGAUUUUUGGCUGCAUAAACAGCACUUCUAUGUGCCGGCAAGGGGUUGAUUUAUCAUGGAAAGCUGAACUGCUGCCAACAAUUAAGUCUCUGACGUUAAGACUUCAAGACUAUCCAUCUUUGUCUCAUCUUGUUGUUUAUGUACCAUCUAUUCAUGGAAGUAAGUUUGUUGUAGAUUGUGAAUUCUUUAAAAAAGAGACAAGAUCCAUACAGCUUCCUGUAACUCAUCUUUUUUCCUUUGGGUUGUCUUCAAGGAAAGUGAUAUUAAAUACAAGUGGCCUGUUCUAUAAUAUAGAGCUUCUGAACUUUGGACAGAUAUACCAAGCUUUUAAAGUCAACGUGGUAAGCAAGUGCUCAGGAGUGAAAGAAGAAAUUACUAGUAUCUAUAAACUUCAUAUUCCCUGGUCUUAUGAAGAUUCACUAACCAUUGCUCAGGUUCCAUCUUCCACAGAAAUUUCUGUGAAACUCCAUAUUGCUCAACCAGAAAAUGACAGCCAUGUAGCAUUAUUAAAAAUGUAUACAUCAUCAGACUGUCAAUAUGAGGUGACAGUUAAGACUUCCUUUUCACAAAUACUUGGACAGGUAGUUAGAUUUCAUGGUGGAGCUCUUCCUGCCUAUGUUAUAUCUAGUAUCCUUCUUGCUUACGGAGGACAGUUAUACUCUCUUUUCUCAACAGGUCACUGCUUAGAAUAUGCUGCUAUGUUGGAUAAAGAAGCCAAACCAUACAAAGUUGAUCCUUUUGUAAUUAUGGUUAAGUUUCUGUUGGGAUACAAAUGGUUUAAAGAAUUUUGGGAUAUGUUAUUGUUACCAGAAUUAGAUGCCAUCGUUUUAACUAGUCAGAGUAUGUGUUUCCCCCUUGUAUCUUUGAUUCUUUUUCUGUUUGGAACAUGUACUGCCUACUGGGGUGGCCUACUCUCUUCUACAUCUGUGAGACUCCUUUCUUCAUUGUGGCUGACUUUGAAAAGGCCCUCUGAACUUCCUAAAGAUAUGAAGAUAAUAUCACCAGACUUGCCCAUUUUGACAGUUGUUUUGAUCAUAGUUAGUUGGACAACUUGUGGAGCAUUUGCCAUCCUUCUUACUUAUCUUUACUAUGUGUUUAAGAUUGUUCAUCUGCAAGCCAGCUUAACAACUUUUAAAAAUAGCCAGACUGUGAACCCCAAACACUCUAGAAGAAGUGAAAAAAAAUCCAAUCACCAUAAAGACUCUACAGUGUACCACCUCCGUUUAUCUGCCAGCGAUGCUGAAGACAGUCUUCGCAUGCACAGUACCGUGAUUAACUUAUUAACAUGGAUUGUAUUACUCAGCAUGCCAUCUUUAAUUUAUUGGCUGAAGAAUCUUAGGUAUUACUUUAAACUUAAUCCUGAUCCGUGUAAACCUUUGGCAUUUAUCCUUAUUCCAACUAUGGCAGUUCUUGGAAAUACUUACACUGCUUCAAUAAAAUCAAGUAAAUUGUUGAAGACUACUUCACAGUUUCCACUACCUCUGGCUGUUGGUGUGAUUGCUUUUGGGUCAGCACACUUAUACAGGGUUCCAUGCUUUGUCUUCAUUCCUCUUUUACUCCAUGCAUUAUGCAACUUUAUAUAAGAUUGGAUUUAAGGAAUGAUAAAGAUCAGUUAUGCCUUUAGGUCCAGUAAUAAGAGGGAACACACAGAUCCAUCAGUGUGGGCAGCAAGAUCCUUUGGAGAAGACAAGUCUAUUUUUACAAUGUUGAAAAUAGGAAAUUAGUUUUGUAAUGCUUGAGGAAAGUAGUUGAAGCAUGGUUUUGUUUUGUGGUAUGACAUCUGUGUACUAGUCAUUAUGAAAAAUCAGUAAAAGGAUAUGGUAGCCUCUGUCUUUGAGGACUCUGCAUAUCAGCUAGUCUGCUUGAUUGGCCAUACCAAGAUCUUCUCCUAAACACUCAGUAAAUGUAGCACUGUUUGUAUCCUCACCUCACGUAUUCUCAUUUCAUGAAACUUUCUUCUGAACAGUGGGUUACUUUGUAUUUGCUACAGUAUACAUGUUGAAAAAUAAGUCUUAAAAGAUUAAUGAAAUUUAAACUGUUUGCUUUCUCAGAAAUGAAAUAGCCACAGUCUUUAGUCAGUUUUUGGCAGCCAUAGUGAACAAAAUAGAUCUUUUGUUUUCUCACACCUAUGAAAAUACAACUUUAAAUUCUAAGGAGACAUGUUUUCUUGGUAACCAGCAGGAUUGGUGAAUGGAAACGUAAUUCAAAUUCAAAACUCAAUGAAAUUUUCUUGGUUCUUUUCAAAUAAGAAUCUUAUUUUGUAUUCUUAGUGAAUAUCAGGAGACUACUGAAGAGAUGUAUUGCUAAAUUUGAAGAAAAUUUUCAUAGAUAUUUACUUAUAGGCAUUGGAGCAGUUCAGUCAUUCAGUCUGUACCAUUUUAUUCAAUUCACUGACCCCGUGGUUGUCAAAAGUGCCUCGGGUCAUGGUGGAUUGUUAAAAUAACUAAAUUCCAGUGGUCAGAAGAAGCUCUACAUUUGCACAGUUUUUAUCUACUAUGGAAAGAAAAUCAGCAUGAUGAAGUGCAGUACCACAUUAAUGUAUAAAAUUAUACUAUUAAUGGAAUAACAGUGGAAAAACUGUUACCCCAUUAAUAGUAUAAACAAUGAAUACCUGAAUAAGUUGUUUAGCCACUAGGUUUAAUAGUGGAAUCUUAAUUUACCAAGGUGAUUACUAUUUGACAGAUAGAGAGUAAUAUUUAUAUUUCAUUUCAGAUUUCAGCUCACUUUUUGGAAGUAGGUAAUGGAGCUAGGUAUCUUCGCCGUAAGAUAGGAUUCACUGAAGGCUGGGGUAUGCCUGAGUGAUAGAGCCCUUCCUUUAGAUGUGUAUGCUGUAAAUACCCAAAACCUUGCAAGUGUAGUCCUUACGUCCCAGUAGCUCCACAGUUGUAUCUGUGAACUUGUGUCCUUGUUAGUGCCCAGGGAUGUCCUAGAGUACCAGGUUCAUUUUACGUGCCAUUGCAUCUGGAUUCCAUUACAGCCUCUCAGCUGUUACUGCCUAUUAGAAGGUUACUCCCACUUUACUGCCUGUAGAGGGUUACCUCACUUCUUUUCUCAUUUGUUCUUCGGGUUCUUGCUGUUUCAUCAUCAGUUGAAGAUGGUCUUGCUAUCAUCUAUGAGAGUUUUAAGUUUGUUUGAUUCCAUUGUUGUCUUUCCCAGCUUCAUGUUCAGUAUUCAUAUUUUCACUUACUGAGAUCAUUAAAGGUAAGUGAUAACCUCAUAGUAGACAUGGCAGGCAUACCAGGCUCUUGUUUGUUUGAUAGAAGCAGCAAAAGGGAUAAAAUACAGAAUACUUGUGUGUUCAAACCUGGAAGGAAAGAGAACUUACCAGGUUAUAUAUGCACUUUCCCAUGGCAUACCACAUAUGUAUUUAAACAAGGACACAUCUGCCUAGGUUUAGCUUAUACAUAUACUCAUAACAACUUUUGUACAUAUGGUGUUGUAUUUCAAGUUUUCACCCAUAUGUAGUUGUAUUUCAAGUUACAGGUUAAAUAUGUCAUUUAACUAUUUCUGAAUUUGAACUUAGGUCCAUAUACAGAACUUAAGAAAAUUCAUUAAUUUGAAUCUUCUAUUGACAGCCAUAAUCAAUGUGUUUAGAUGAUCUAAAGUCUCCUUGUUUAGUCAUUCCUGCUCAUGAAUAAAACGUAACAAGCUUAAAUUUCUCAUUUGUGAGUAGUACAUUAGCUUUUUAAAGCAGCAGACUAGGCACAUUAGUUUCCAUGAAAAUAAUUUCAUGUGAGUGUCAUUAUCAUCAAGUCCUAAAGUCUUAUUUGUUCCAACAAAAUACUUUAUUUUAGGACUACAAAAAGGAUUCUCAUUAAACAUGUUAUAAACAGCA